AGAGAGAGAGAGGUACUCCAGACCUGCGUACACCAAUCUCUUUCCCAUCAGUAUCCUCUCCUGCCAUUUCCACUCCUCGCAUAAAAAGCACUCCCUCCAUUGUAUGGGAGAAAAAUCCCACCUAUAUCUUCAUACAUCUUCUCCCACUCCUAUCUUUCAAUCAUAUAGCAUAACCCCACAUUUGACAUUACCCAUCAUCAUCUUCGUCUUGUAAGCAACCAUUAAUGCAGCUUUUCUUUCAUUGGAGAAAGAUCUAAACACCACCCAAUCCCAUUAACCCCAUAUUCAAUAUAUUGUUUCCAAAUGGAUCUCAUUAUGUCAUGCAAUUGUUCUGUUUACAUCAGCCUCAUAGUUUUGAUCUCAUUUUGUAGAGGUAUAUCAGGAGCUACAUUUACGAUAAUAAACAGGUGUGAAUAUACAAUAUGGCCUGGAAUUCUAGCCAAUGCGGGUAGUGCCAGAUUGGACAGCACCGGGUUCGAGCUCGUGCCGGGCGGGUCUCGCUCAUUCCAGGCCCCACCCAACUGGUCCGGGAGAUUCUGGGGCCGCACUGGUUGUACAUUCGACCCGAACACGGGCCAAGGAAGCUGUGUCACCGCCGACUGUGGGUCCAACCAGGUCGAAUGCAACGGUGCCGGAGCGAACCCGCCAGCCACACUUGCGGAGUUCACAAUCGCGCCGGGUAAUGCCCAGGACUUCUAUGAUUUGAGCCUUGUAGACGGGUACAAUUUACCCAUGGUCGUGGACGCGAGUGGCGGGUCGGGUGCAUGCAUGUCAACAGGGUGCGUGACCGACUUGAACCGGCAGUGCCCGAACGAGUUACGGGUCGGGGACGGUGUGGCGUGCAAGAGCGCGUGUGAGGCCUUUGGGAGCCCCGAGUACUGUUGUAGUGGCGCGUACGGUUCACCGGAUACUUGUAAGCCGUCGAUUUACUCGGAGAUGUUCAAAGCAGCGUGUCCAAGAUCGUAUAGCUACGCGUAUGAUGAUGCCACAAGUACGUUUACGUGUACAGGGGCAGAUUAUACCAUUACAUUCUGCACUUCAUCGGCAAGCCAAAAAUCUGCAUCUCCAACAACAAGCACAACAAAUAGCUCCGCCUCCGGGACUGAGUCACAGGAGGUGCCAAAGGAGCUCAACACUCCAUGGUUGCCAGACUUUUUCACGGGAGACUCAUCCAAGACCCUUUCUUCUUCCACUUCAGUCAUUGCUUCUGUGGCUUCGCUUCUCACCCUCUUUUUGCUUUAUUCUUAAUUAGUCUCUCUCUCUCUCUCUCUCACUCUUCGGAGCUUGGGGUGGGUGUUGUAAAGCCCAAUUUUUGAGGCAAAAUGUAUAGAUAUUUGGGACUUCAACAUAUAUAUAUAUAUAUAUAUACUUUGUGAAGGAUUUGUUAA